AUGUCAACAUCAUCGGCGCGUACGUCCUUGGUUGGGAAAGUAGCUGUCGUGACUGGCGCCAGCAGCGGUAUUGGUGAGGGUUUCGCCCGAAGGCUCGCUGCUGAGGGCUGUAAGGUGGCCUUAGCUGCGAGGAGGGAAGACAGGCUAAAGAAGAUAGUAGACGAGCUGAAGCGAUCCGGGUAUACAGCAAUGGCCAUGAAGACCGAUGUAACUUCUCAAGAUUCGGUGAGAUCUCUGUUUGAGACCGUGGAGGGAGAGUUCGGACCGGUUGACGUCGUAGUGAACUGUGCCGGAGUGAUGUACUUCACGCUCCAUCGCAGUCAGCAUUGGGAUGAAUGGGAGCGGACGAUAGACAUCAACUGCAAGGGAGUGGUUUAUACUUCUGGAGCUGUGUUACCUAGCAUGAUCAAGCGUAAGGGCGGCCAUAUCAUAAACAUAUCUAGUGAUGCAGCUACGACUAUCUUCCCAGCCCUCUCGGUAUACAACGCAUCGAAGGCCUUCGUCCAUGUUUUUUCAAAGUCCUUGCGUGCAGAAACUGUCGGAACGGGGAUACGAGUGACCGAGUUGCAGCCCGGUGACGUCGGCACUGAUCUCGUGGUGAACAAUACCGAUGUUGAUGCUGCUAACACUAUAGGUGUGACUAUUGGCAAGACCAUCGACGGUGGUGGCGACCGCAACGCUGUGCUGGAUGUGUCAGAUGUUGUGGAUAUGGGAGUGUUCGCCCUCACAGCACCAGCUCACGUCGGCGUGAACGAGAUCCUUGUAGAGCCUCGUAACCAGAUGUACGGCGAUCCUACUGCGAUCAAUACUGCCACUGAGUGA